CCGCCCGUGUGGACAGCAACCCGCGUUCACUUUCACUAUUUCGCUUCACCGUCACUCAAACAAGAGUAGAGAGUGUGCGGUGCGUUGUCAGAGCCGGCGCCAAUAGAGACACAAAGGCAAAGCGAGGUUGUGCGCACGGGGCUGACAGUUUACCGGGCUCACAACGCGCAGUCAAGAUCGCCAGAGACAAAGUGAGGAUUAGGAGUUCGUGGACACACUUCAUUCCGCACCCAAACAAACCACUCAUGGAUAAUCAGAACUAUGGGAAUCGGGAAUGAACGUGUAAGACAUCUGAAGCUGAGUCGAUCAUUGGAGAUAAAGCAUCACUGGAGUGGUCAUCCAUGAGGGCUGAGAUCAGAACAGAGGGUCAUCUUCGCUAUCUUCACGAUGUGGACGCUUUCUGACCGAGCAUCCUGCUGGACCCUCUGACUGCGCCCGUGCCCUCCUCCACCCUCACCUGCCUCUCAGCCUCCGCGGCCUCCACCAGCACCAGCCCCCACCUCCCUCCCUCCCUCCCUCCCCACCCACCCACCCCUCCGUCCUGCAGCCAGACCCUGGCAGUAAUCACGGGGAGAUUGAUGGCCCCCUUUGCCCAGUGCGGGGGCCCCCUGGCUCUGCUGAGAUAAGAGGCCGAGAGCCGCACAGCGCUUCAUCUUCUUUCAGCGCCGCGCUCCAGACAGCCGAGGGGCAGGGCGGUCUCUCCGAACGCGUGUCUCUGUGCGGUCACAGCCAGCGUGUGUUUCUCAACAAUGACCACCGCAUCCUGCCAAUACUCUUCCUGAGGUGGACUUGUCGUUUCAACUGUUAUCGUGUUAUCUUAAGAGAUGCGGUUAGCUUGUAGACGGACGGCAGCUUGGAGCUAAAUGUGUUCACCCACCGCGGCAGCUAGCGCUGCUCACACACUGUCCCUCGCGUCGGGAUGCCUGCAUACGAUUUUUGAAAUUCCCCAAACGAUGUUGAGUUGAUAAUUCGACGGUUCGAGAUCAGCGAGGGUGGUCAAGGUAAAGGUAACAAAAGCAGGUAACUCUCCGAUGGCGAGUAACAACACGGCCACAUGCAACAUCACCUGCCUGGUGGACACCAACAUCGACCAGUUCUUCCACCCCACGCUCUACAUCGUGGUCAUGGUGCUGGGCCUGCCCACCAACUGCAUGGCGCUGUGGGCCGCGUACCUGCAGGUGCGUCAGAAGAACGAGCUGGGCGUCUACCUCAUCAACCUGUCGGUGGCCGACCUGCUGUACAUCGCCACGCUGCCGCUGUGGAUCGACUACUUCCUGCACCACGACAACUGGGUGCACGGCCAGGAGUCCUGCAAGCUCUUCGGCUUCAUCUUCUACACCAACAUCUACGUGAGCAUCGCCUUCCUCUGCUGCAUCUCCGUCGACCGCUACCUGGCCGUGGCGCACCCGCUCCGCUUCGCCAAGGUGCGGCGGGUCAAGACGGCGGUGGCGGUCAGCGCCGUGGUGUGGGUCAUCGAGGUGGUGGCCAACUCGGCGCCGCUCUUCCACGACGAGCUGUUCCCCAACGAGCGCAACAGCACGCUGUGCUUCGAGCGCUACCCGAUGCAGGAGUGGGUGGCGGGCAUGAACCUGUACCGCACCUUCCUGGGCUUCCUGGCGCCGUGGCUGGUGAUGCUGGCGGGCUACCGGGGCAUCGUGCGCGCCGUGCGCACCAACGUGUCCACGGAGCGCGAGGAGAAGGCCAAGAUCAAGCGGCUGGCGCUGAGCCUGGUGCUGAUCGCGCUGCUGUGCUUCGCGCCGUACCACGUGCUGCUGCUGUGGCGCAGCGUGCUCUACCUGCGGGCGCCGUGCAGCUGCCGCGGCGAGGAGCGGCUCUUCCCCGCCUACCACGCCGCGCUGGCGCUCACCAGCCUCAACUGCGUGGCCGACCCCAUCCUCUACUGCUUCGUCAACGAGGGCGCGCGACACGACGUGGGCCGGGCGCUCGGACGCCUCCUGGCCGCGCUCAGCUGCGGCUCGAGCGUGCCCGCGCACGCCGACGGCCUCACCGGGGCGUCGGUCACCAUGGAGACGCCCCUGGCAUCCAAAAAGGCCAGCUUCUGCAGCGAGGUCAAGACCAGCUCCUACAAGUCCGAGCUGGAGGCCUUUAAAGACGAGUGCCUUCAGAUGACCAUUCUCAGUGUUAAAAAGUAGUGAACAGGCGGACAGCGACAGAGGAUGGACACACACACCGCGAUGGACACUGGCUACUCUGUGAUAUCGGACACAUCGAGUUGAUUUAUUCGUCUGGAGCAGGACAGGACUAUCUUACGUGUUUUUAAUACUGUGGAACUCUUGAGACUUUUUUUAGCAUGUGGCAAGACAUGAUUGAUGAUGGCUCUGUAUGUGUGUCCACUGUAAGGUCUGAUUACUGUAUUGUAUGCGCUGUAGCCCGUGUAACCGAAGGAUAGGAUUGAAAUUCCGUUUCUCUUGAAAGUUAAUUUAUUGUUUGUCCCGUCUGUAUGAGCAGCAGUUAUGGUUGGCUGAGUGAGCGGCAGUUGGAGAAGACAUUUUCUCUCUCAGCUUCACUGCGUCCCUGGGCUGUUAAUUUAUAAAACAGACUCCAAAGUGUUUGUCUUGUGAAAGUUACCCAAAGUGAAAAGGUUGUUGAAUGUCACUUUUCUAUUUUGUUUGUUCAUUUGUUUUGCACAUGUUUACAUUUCUCUGUCAGAACUCUCUGAAUGCCUUGCGUAUAAAACCCAGUAAGUUGAAUGUCACUGUCGUCUCACCACGGGGUUGUAAUUUCAUGUAGCAUCGUUAUAACACAAGGAAAAAUAAAGGACAUCAAAGUA